AUGCGGUACACCGCGCUCUACAUGGCGAGGCACAACGCCAUAGUCGCCAGGAUCAAGAAGGCGGCAUCCACGAAGUUUGAGGUCCUCUCCGAGAAUCAGGUCCUGGGCAACCAGGGCUUGAGACCGGAUAUUGUUCUGAAGAAGGGCCCAAACAUCUUCGUCGUGGACGUCACCGUGCCUUUCGACAACCGGCUAGCCGCUUUCGAGGCAGCGGCGGCUGAGAAGGGCAAGUACGAGCAGCUGCGGGCCGAGUUGGCAGCGCUGCAUGGGUGCGAGGCAACGGUCGUGCCCGUCAUAGUUGGUGCCCUCGGCUCGUGGGAUCCGGCCAACGACCCGUUUAUGAGGACGCUUUGCAGUCGCUCGUAUGCUGCCCUGAUGCGGAAGCUGUGUGUGAGCGACACCAUCUCAGCUUCCCGAGAUAUUUACAUCGAGCACAUUUCCGGGGUGCGACAGGUGAGGGCUUAG